AUGGCUGUCCAUAAAAAGUUACUAGCGGCGAUUGUUUUAGCGACGAUAAUAAUAGUCACGGCGCCGCGUCCCUCGUGCCAGGAGACCAUUCAGGUCAUCAAUCAGCUCAGCAGCAACAUACUGAUUGUGCAUUGUGCAUCGGAUGACGACGAUCUCGAUGCCCACGCCGUCGCGAUUAACGCCACAUGUGCGUGGAGUUUCCGGCCGAUUCAUAUUGGAGGGGCGACCCUGUUCUGGUGUCGUUUGGCGGUGGAAGAUAAGCGUCUUUCUUUCGUAGCGUACGAUCAAGCUCGUAGGCUGGCAUCUAAUUACCCUGACUGGCUUGUCCGUGAUGAUGGGCUUCACGGACAAAGGGGCACCUUUCGAGAAUUUAUAAAAACAUGGAAUCGAAUUUAG